AUGGCACCCAACAACCUCCCAUCAAUGUUCAAUGCGACCUCUCAAGACAUUGAGAUGUUGCUUGCAGCUCAAUGUCAUUUGGGCUCCAAGAACAUGCAAACUCAUAUGGAGCCGUACCUGUGGAAGACUCGCCCAGAUGGAAUCAACGUGAUCAACAUUGGAAAAACCUGGGAGAAAGUCGUCCUCGCAGCUCGCAUCAUCGCAGCAGUCGACAACCCUGCUGAUAUCGCCGUCAUCUCUGCUCGUCCUUACGGUCAACGUGCUGUCCUAAAGUUCGCCGCUCAUACCGGUGCUGUUGCCAUCGCCGGUCGCUUCACUCCUGGCAAUUUCACAAACUACAUCACCCGCUCGUUCAAAGAGCCCCGCCUCAUCAUCGUCACCGACCCACGCACCGAUGCCCAAGCUAUCAAAGAAGCCUCCUACGUCAACAUCCCUGUCGUCGCUCUCUGCGAUACCGACUCUCCCACCGAAUUCGUCGACGUCGCUAUCCCUACAAACAACAAGGGUCGUCAUGCUAUCGGUCUGAUCUGGUGGAUGCUGGCACGUGAGGUCCUCCGUCUACGUGGUACCCUCGCCGACCGUGAAACCGAAUGGGACGUCAUGGUCGAUCUCUACUUCUACCGCGAUCCUGAAGCCGAAGAGAACAAGGACUCGGCAGGCCAAGAGGAGGAGAAGGUCCCAGGUGUCAACGAUGUCGGACCUCAAGCUAUCGAUCAGGGCUUCGCCGGUAACGCCGAGUGGGAGGUUCCAGGGGGUGCUCCAGGUGGCGCGGCUGCUUUCAGCGCUGCAAACAACACUGCUGGUGCUCAACCCAGCUCCACUUGGGAUGCGGAGGGUGCCGACUGGGCUGCGGGUGCUGCUCCUGUGCAGACUGGCAAUGAUGGCUGGACUGCUGAGACCAAGAAGGAGGGUGAGGUCCAAUGGUAG